AUGCUCGGAGAAGCCUUCCUACUUGAACUCCUAUACAAAGAACAGAAAUAUACAACAGUUUGUAAACCACUUACAUGUAAGAAGACCUCAAAUGAUGAAAAGGAAACUUGGAAAAAGCAGCUUUUAGAUAUAGAAGACAAUUCACUUUCUCCUGAUAAAAUAGAAAAUCAACAAAAGGUUGAGAAAGAAAGUUCAACAAAGCAAAUGAAUGAUACAAGUAAAAUAGAAUUUGUGGAUGAAAUAACUGUACCAAAAUACAAAAGUGCAUCCUGUCCAGGAAAUCUGUCUGUUGCGCUGCCCAUUCCAAAAAGAGAACAACGUGAUGAAAGACAACUGGAUUUAUACCAAUCUUGGUCAUGUACAAGUAUUUGCCAGAAUUAUCCUGACCUACAGAUUGGAGGAGACCAAGUGAGCAACAUGUAUGAUUCAGGCUGCAUUGUGGAACAGAUACGUGAUGAUGCUUUUAAUGGUCCCCUUUUACUUUCAGUGGAUAUACCAUUGGGCCAUUCUCCUAUCAUUAAGCCUCUAGAGAAACCACCUGCCUCAAAACUUUUGAAUAGGGAUGAAAUUCGAGAAAAAAGUAUGUUGUUUCUUAAGCAGCCCCUCUCUAAUUCUAUGCUUAAUAAGUAUAUGGAAAACAAGCUGGAUGAACUCUACAAACAAUUUUUGGAAGAAAAUCUCACCAAGUGCCUCUCUAUAACCAACCUCAUGGCUUCUAAUUUGCUAAUGAAUAAUGUAAAUCAGUUUAGUCUUCAAAUCUCUCAAGAACAGAACAUAGAGGCUUCAAAAGCCCGGGAAGCUCUCCUACAUUCUUUUUCAAGAUGUAAUCUCUAUAACAUUUCUCAUGGAAACAGUUCUGAAUUUAGCACUCCUAACCUACAAAUAUCAAACCAGAGAAGUAGGGAAUUUGUAUCAAAUGUAAUAUAA